UGGGAGGCGCCCUGCCACCGUCAGGAUGCGCUCGGUGUAGCGGGACUGCCGGGGGGCGCCUGAAGGCCAGCGCUCCAAGGACACGCGGCCACCCGCUCCUCGCCGGCUCCCGGGCCCUGACGCCCAGCAGCGCCGGAGCCGAGCCGCGGGGAGUGCGGGCGAAGGGUGGCAGGAGGGAGGGCGCGCGCGAGGCGGCCCCUCCUCGGCGAGCCAUGCGUGCCACGGGCCGCUGAGGAGCCGCCGGGCGCCGCUGCCAAGUCUCCGCUCCGCUUUUGUCUUGCCCUCCAGUGAAUGGGAAGAUGGAGAUGGAUGUGGAGGGAGUUUCUCCGCGCCCGGAGCCCAUCCCCCGCUCCCAGGGGGCUGGCGGAGCCUGCCAGGCGCCGCCACAGCCGCCCCAGCCCCAGCCGCAGCCCCAGCAGCAGCUGGCUCAGGAUGAAGUGCCCUGCGAGAGUGCGGGCGCUGAGGACAGCGACGAUCCGGAGGCGAGACCCAACGGCGAGAGGGGGGAGAGCAAGAGAUUGCAUGGCCUACAAGGUGACGGACUCCAAUGUGAUCACUGCAGAAUUCUCCAAUUCCAAACCACUGGCAGUUGGAACGCACAAGCCCCCUACUGGCGAGGAGGCGAGGGAAGCAAGCUGGGAGGAGGCCCAUUACUUGGCUAGAGAGAGAUGGACCACCUUCUCGGGUCUUCUGGAAGUUGCUGAAACAUGGUGAGGAAGGAAUGUCAUCACUCAUAGGAUGGAAUCAAGAAACUCUUAGAAUGGAACUAAGCCUGAAGUACUUCAAGCCCUGGGACCCCACUUUUGGGUCAUACUGUUCUCUCUCUCUCUCUCUUCCUCUCUCUCUCUCUCUCUCUCUCUCUCUCUCUCUCUCUCUCUCUCUCUCCUGUAUUUCUCUUUUCUUAGUGCAGGGAAUUGUACACAGGAACUGAUUUAACAGGUAUAAUUUUGGUCCCAAAUCAGCCAUGUUACUAGAAACUUAGGACAGUUCUGCCAGAGUCACUGCAUGUCGCCUGUGGAAUCCAGGGAAUGCUCAUGGAACUCUUAAGUCCUGUUAAUAAAAAAUAAUAUAAGAACCAACUCAAGAGAAGUUCAAGGACAUUUAUUAUUAGCAUUAAACACACACACACACACACACACACGAGAAGGCAAAAUGUAAAUCUCAGCAUCUGCCCAGAGGUGGAAGAUGGAGGAGAGAAUGCAGUCAUGCAGCUUAAGUUAAGGCAACAAGAAGGUCGACCAUAUGGCAAACAGGCAGCUACAUGGGGGCGGUGGGGGGAGGCUUUAAAGAAAGCGUGAAGGCUGCAGUGUUCAGGAAAAUGGCUCAGGAAGGAGAUGGAGGAAAAAAAGAGUUCUGAGUGGUUGAGAAAGGCAGGCACUCUUUCAAAGUUGCUUGGCCACACCUUUGUGAGGGACUUCAGUAGAGUGUGGGAUCCUGGAGAAGAAAAGUACAUUAUCUCAUUAAAAGGAUAAUUAUUCCUCUCAUCUCUGUAAGAGUUAAGGUGGUCCCACCUUCCAGAGGAAUGGUCCUGUAGCUUGGUGAUUCAGCUGGGAUGCUGGGUACCCACAAACCCACUCUCCUUGGUGAUUGACUUGCUCAGAUGGGAUGCUGGGUACCCACCAACCUACUCUCUUCAUCUGAAGGAAACAGUUUUUCCUCAAUUGGCCUCUAUUUCCACUGUAACAAACAGAUUCUGUUCCUAGAGGUCUUCUGAACUGAGGUCUCAGGCUAGGUGGUCAAUGGGGCCAUGUUAUUGGACUAGUAUAGUUCUUAUCUUUUCAUUAAAAAUUCAUGUCUUUUCUGUUUUCUCAAGUUUGGAUUCAGGUGAUGGCACACAGGAGUCCCAUUGCUUAGCUACCAAAGACUUCUUUAACUGUGGUGCCAGCUACAGUUGAAACACAGUCAAGCUCGUACUACACCCAGGGCUCCCGUGAGUCACUUCAGAUGAAUGUUGAACUACAAAAAACCAUACACCUCACAGUUUGAGAUUUAGGUUCUCUCUGAUCCUGUAGUUAGAACAGUAGACAAUGUUUUAAAUAUCAAAGGUGGCUUUCAGAUACUUCAAAUCUUUGGGACAAUUUUGGGUGGUUUGACACUGCUGUUUUCUAAGGUCAGGUAGGAGUAGGGGACCAACGACCUUACCAACUGCGUUGUUCAGGCCUCUGUAGGUCUGCCGACUUGA